AUGAGCAGCGGGGCUGAGGACACGACCGGGGACGGGAACGGGGCCGAGAGUGGGGCCGAGCGGCGGGUCCGCAUCGUGGUGGAGUACUGCGAGCCCUGUGGCUUCGAGGCCACGUACCAGGAGCUGGCGAGUGCCGUGCGGGACGAGUACCCCGACAUCGAGAUCGAGUCACGGCUGGGAGGCACCGGUGCCUUCGAGAUCGAGAUCAACGGACAGCUCGUCUUCUCCAAGCUGGAGAACGGGGGCUUUCCUUAUGAGAAGGAUCUGAUCGAGGCAAUCCGCAGAGCCCGCAAUGGGGAGCCCCUGGAGAAAAUCACCAACAGCCGCCCCCCCUGCGUCAUCCUGUAGCCCCCCAGGGACAGCAGGGUCCCCCCACCCUGCCCAUCGCUGCCUUCCUUAAAUCCCUGGCGAUUGGGGGGCACUGGGGGGACCAGGGACAUUGGGGGAAUUCAGGAGCCUCCUGGGGACCCCCAUGGUGGCACUGGGAGUCAUUCUGUCCCCUGCCCGACCUGCUGUGGGGUGUAGCCGUGGCUUUGGGGGGUCUCCCACCUGCCUUUGCCUUCCCCCUUCAUCAGCUGCACCUCCCUGGGGGGGGCACAGGGGGUCCCCAUGGCACCUCCAUUUCUCUGUGCUGGCCUCUCCCCUCCCUCACCCCCUGGGAAUCUGGGGGUCUCCCAUGAAUGGGGAGCCAGGCUGGGUGUUGGAGCAGCUCCCAGCAGGUUCAUUCCAAGGGGAAUCCACCGGAUUUGUUAAUGAUUAAAGUCCCUCUGGCACUGUUUAAUCCGGGGCUGGGGCCGGCCAUGGGAAGCCCGGCCUGGCCCCAUAGCCAGAGGUGUGUUCACAUCCCCCCUCCCCAUUCCCAGGCUCCCAGCUCCUGCUUCCUGCCUGGAAUGACCCUGCCCUUGGCCUCGGGGCGGGGGGCCCCCCUAUUUAUUCUAUACUGUGUAUAAACCCAACGGCCUGGGGCCUGGGUGGAAUAAAGGAUGGAGAAUGUGG